AUUUGACUAAAGUUUUCAUAAAAAUAAAUACAAAUGACUUUCAUUCGAACAUUGGAAAGCAACGAAAUGAAAAGGGUUCUUUUUUAGGCUUCUGGCCGGUAAAAGUCUGGGUGGAGAAGCUUCGUCCUUUUGCGUGACGGGAAUCGCCGACGAUUGUGUGCACGCAAAUCCAGAGUAGUGUAUCAACACCGCCGAGUCGACUCGCACCGAGUUUCUCCACCGGCAAGAGGGACCAUGAAUCGGCUGAGAGGCCGAGGGACAUCGAUUCUGGGUUCGGCAGUUGUGCCUCAGCUGAAGAAAAAAGCCCAAAAUUCACUGGUCGCUCUUCAGGACUCGUAUCUCUCCACCAAGGACUUGUUCGAGAGGCACAGGGUCGUGUUUACAGUUGGAACUUCUAUAGCGUCAGUUGCUACGGCUUGGAUUGGCUAUUCAUUACGCCAUUACAACGAAACUAGAAUCAACCAGAGGCUGGAGUCGAUUGAGAAUGCGAUGAAGAACACACACGAGCUGGAACGAGGAGAACUGAAGAAGCUGGUUGAUCCGGUGGGUUCCAGGUUCACUUCAACAAUUGCCACUGCUGGAACCACUUUGAUCCUCGGGUAUGGAUUGGGUUGGCGAGGCGGGAUAUGGUAUGCAAAUAGGAAGUAUAGAAGGGAACAGAUGAGAUUGGCUGGGCAGUUAAAACCCAGAGAGUGGAAGUUGUUAGGGAGAAUGAAACCUCGAGCUUGGCCCACCACUAAGUUCCUCAGACGACCAUUCCGAAGACAAAACAAAUCAACAGAACCUGUUGCUCUGAAAUCACCACCACCUGAGAGCAGUGCCGGUUGAAGAUUCCAGAAAACCGGUUUGUUGAAAAUACCAAGCAAUUGCUGAUCGAAACAACCAACCAACGAUUAUUUUUGUUCAGAAUAUAUUUGUCAUAAGCCAAAUGGCUCUUCCAGCUUCUUUGUUCCUUGUAUGUAUUUUUUUUAAUGUACUCCAAAACAGUUACAGAAACAAAAUUCCAUGCGAGAGAGAUUAGUGUCGAUAAACAAAAUGAUUAGAGAAGAGCGUGCUGACGUGUAAUAAUAUCACUGGUCCAUACACGUAACUCCACGUACGCCGUGUUUUUAGUUCUUACUACAUUAUGAUGUGUCGUCGGAGAGAGCAAAGCCUUUUUGUUUUGUUUUGAGGUGGAGAAGGAAGAAAUGAUGGAAAGAAGAAUGUACAGAUCACCACCAUUAACGUUAAUGCUGACGACUGCCUCUCUGUUGUUUGGAUUAUUCGAUAUAGGCAAUGCUCUCUACGGAUCCUCUUCACCUGUAGUGCAGCUCACUCCUUCUAAUUUCAAGUCUAAGGUUGUGAAUUCAGAUGGAGUCGUUUUGGUAGAGUUCUUUGCACCAUGGUGUGGGCAUUGUCAAUCCCUAACACCAACAUGGGAGAAGGUUGCUACUGCUUUGAAAGGUGUUGCUACAGUGGCAGCCAUUGAUGCUGACGCCCACAACUCCGUCUCUCAGGAUUAUGGAGUCAGAGGUUUCCCAACCAUUAAAGUGUUUGUUCCCGGGAAGCCUCCUGUUGAUUACCAAGGAGCUAGGGACCCCAAAUCCAUUUCUAAAUUUGCCAUCAAGCAGAUAAAGGGGCUGUUAAAAGAUCGUUUGGAUGGCAAAACAAAAACUGGAGGAGGAUCCAGUGAGAAGAAAUCCGAGCCCAGUGCCUCCGUGGAACUCAACUCUAGCAACUUUGACGAGUUGGUCACUCAAAGCAAACAACUUUGGAUUGUCGAGUUUUUUGCACCUUGGUGUGGACAUUGCAAAAAGCUAGCUCCUGAGUGGAAAAAGGCUGCAAAAAAGUUGAAGGGGAAGGUCAAACUAGGUCAUGUCAAUUGUGAUGCUGACAAGUCGAUACAGAGCAGAUUCAAAGUGCAAGGAUUCCCAACUAUCUUGGUCUUUGGUGCAGACAAAAGCAGAGCAGUGCCUUACGAGGGUGCUAGAUCUGCAUCAGCCAUAGAAUCUUUUGCUCUGGAACAGCUAGAGUCCAAUGCUGCACCUGUUGAAGUAACUGAACUAACUGGCCCGGAUGCCAUGGAAGACAAGUGUGGUCCUGCUGCUAUUUGCUUUGUUGCUUUCUUACCUGACAUUCUGGACUCGAAAGCUCAAGGAAGGAACAAGUAUCUAGAGAUGUUAUUAUCAGUUGCAGAGAAGUUUAAGAAGGAGCCUUACAGCUUUGUGUGGGUGGCUGCUGGGAAGCAACCUGAUUUGGAGAAGCGAGUUGGUGUUGGAGGAUAUGGUUAUCCAGCAAUGGUAGCCUUGAACGCAAAGAAAGGAGCCUAUGCUCCACUUAAAAGCGGUUUUGAGGUUAAACACCUCAAAGAAUUCGUGGAGGAAGCUAUGAAAGGAGGAAAAGGGAAUUUGCCGAUAGACGGAACAUUGGAGAUAGUGAAGACAGAAGCUUGGGAUGGUAAAGACGGAGAGGUGGUUGAUGCAGAUGAGUUCUCACUUGAAGAACUCAUGGGAGAUGAUUGAUGCUGCUGCUCCCUCUCCACUAAGUCAAAGGACCAGUUGUGAAUAAACUCUUUGCUUCACUUGUACGGUUUUGGUUUCUUGAAAGACUGUUAAAGUGCCUCACUCUUCGAAAGAGAGAGCCGUAAGUAUCAUUUCAAAGAGUUACAACAGAGUAAUACACUUUAGAAUUUCAUAUGGACACAUACUUUAGUGUGAAUGUUUCAGCUUCGGUAUCAUCUUUAAUUUGUUUGUGUUAAAAUGUUAAUGUUUUUGUAACUGAAUUCUAUUCAUAAAAGGUUUCUACGAUUGCCAUUGUUAUUUGGUGGUAUUUUGGGGAGC